AAGAAGAAGAAAGAAGAUGAAUGCAAAACUUAAAACUUGGGCUGCUCUGACGUGGAAGUGCUGAAAAUUUGUUUUAGAAUACAUGAAAAAGGAAUUGUGAUAUUUCCUUCAAAUUUUCGUUAUAAAAUCCAUAAGAAAUUGUAAAAAGAGAACGUCUGUGGCCCUCAAAAUAUAGAAAGUAUUUAACGCGAUAAAAUUGGAGUGUGAUCAUAUAUCUAUAGUGUUUACGUGUUAAUACGAGGAAUACAGACCGAUAAACGGUGACGGGUAAAAGUGCAAAUCCAAUUUUUCCACUUUCUCAUUGGUGAACAUUGGUUGUCCAAUUUGAAAAUUAUAAAUUUCCCGACGGUGAUAGGAGUAAAUAGUGAAAAAGAAAACGUGUAAACGUAUAUGUUCUAUUAAAAUUAGAAAAUAAGAGAAUAGCAGAGAACAGAGGAACUAUGAUGAAUCCCAAUGCAUAUUGUCCACCGCCAACGAUGCAAGCACCACCUUCGCAAAUGAUGCCUCCUCCUGUUGGAUCUGCACAACAGCAGCAGCAAUAUGUUCCACCCGGCUGGCCCGCUCAACAACCUGCUGCCAUGCAGGAACAUCCUCCCACUUCUAUGCCCGGUCAGAUGCCACCACCACCAACAGCACAGCAAGCAGCUCCUCCACAACAAGCCAAUUUCGUCAAUGGAAACUACCAGCAGCAGUUAACACAAUCGAUGGCUAGCAUGACAAUGAACCCAAUGAAACAACCUGGCCCACCAUCGUUUAACAAUGCUAAUAUGCCACCUCCAAUGUCCGGUGGUGCUCAACCCCCUCAACAGACCUUAACAAAUGGCCCACCACCACCAACAUCUGGUGCUCCUCCAACGUCCAUGGCUCCACCAUCAGUAACAAAUAACAAUAAUUUUGCAACUUUUCCAAAUGGACAUUCAAGUAGACCACCAACGGCUGGCACACCAGGCUUGCAAGGACCUCAACAACAAUCUUCAAUUUCGGGGCCACCGCCAACAAUGGGUGGUCAAAAUUUACCACCUGCACAGAAUAUACCAGGUCCUGGAAAUCAAAUGAGCGUUAAUAGUGCUAGCUUACCGGGCAUGCCACAUAUGCCACCACCACAACAAAAGCCUGUGCAAACACCCCCUAUGAUGUCUCCCAUGGCAGGUCAGCAGCAAGCAAAUCCAGGUUUCGCGGGAGCCCCACCAAGACCGGGACAACCACCAAUGCCAGGUCAGACUGGUAUGCCACCCAUGCCUGGGCAACAGCAAUCCAACAUCCCUCCCAUGCCUGGGCAACAGCAAUCCAACAUGCCUCCCAUGCCUGGUCAGCAGCAACAAUCUGGUAUGCCUCCUAUGCCGGGACAGCAACAACUACCAGGCAUGCCACCCAUGGCUGGCCAACAACAACCUGGUAUGCCUCCUACGCCAGGCCAACAAAAACCAGCCGGUAUGCCUCCCAUGCCUGGUCAACAACAGCCUGGUAUGCCUCCUAUGCCUGGUCAGCAACAACAGCCCGGUAUGCCUCCUAUGUCUGGACAGCAACAACAACCCGGUAUGCCUCCAAUGCCCGGUCAGCAAUAUGGCAUGCCCCCUAUGCCAAGCCAACAACCAGGAAUGCCAACAAUGCCCGGUUAUCCAGGCCAGCAGCAAGCUAUGCCCGGUUAUCCACCACAGCAACAACCGGGACCAAUGCCAGGUCAACCACCAAUGCCUGGUGGUUAUCCUGGACAACAGGCCAUGACUGGACGCCCUGGUUUUAAUCAACAACCUGGUGGUAUGUAUGGCCAACAACAACCACAACAAUAUCAGCAACAAAGACGUCUCGAUCCUGACCAAAUGCCAAAUCCAAUUCAAGUAAUGAUUGAAAAUCAACGAAAUGCUGGUGGUGCGUUUGUAACAAAUCAGCCGGGUUUGUUGCCUCCAUUAGUUACAACCAAAUAUGUGGUCCAAGACCAAGGAAAUUCAUCCCCAAGAUUUUUGAGGUCAUCUCUCUAUUGUGUUCCCGCCACUGCGGAUGUUCUCAAGACGACAGCACUUCCAUUUUCAUUGAUUGUAUCGCCUUAUGCUCGCAUUGCUGAGGGAGAAUAUGAACCACCUAUAGUGGACUUUGGAACUUUGGGACCAAUUCGUUGCAAUCGAUGCAAGGCUUACAUGUCACCCAAUAUGCAAUUCGUUGAUGCUGGCCGACGUUUCCAAUGUUUGAUGUGUAAAGUUACUACCGAAGUGCCAACGGAAUACUUCCAGCAUUUGGAUCACACCGGUCAGAGAGUAGAUAAAUAUGAACGACCCGAACUAGUUCUGGGUACCUAUGAGUUUUUGGCUACAAAGGACUACUGUCGUAAUAAUAUCACUCCUGAGAUUCCAGCAUUUAUAUUUGUUAUUGAUGUGUCGUACAACACUAUCAAGUCUGGUUUGGUUCAUUUACUAUGUUCUCAAAUCAAAAAUAUAUUAAAGCAUUUGCCCACUGACCAGGGACAAGAUAAAUCGAAGAUGCGUGUGGGCUUCAUUACUUAUAACAGCACUGUUCAUUUUUAUAAUAUAAAGAGCAGCUUGGCUCAGCCCCAAAUGAUGGUGGUCGGUGAUGUACAGGAUAUGUUUAUGCCUUUAUUGGAUGGUUUCCUUUGCCACCCUGAAGAAUCGGAAGCUGUUAUUGACGCCCUAAUGGAACAAAUACCCAAAAUGUUUGUUGACACCAAGGAAACAGAGACAAUACUCUAUCCAGCCAUACAGGCUGGCCUGGAAGCUUUGAAGGCUUCAAACUGCGCGGGUAAAUUACUGGUUUUCAACUCGACAUUGCCAGUUGCUGAGGCCCCGGGAAAAUUGAAAAAUCGUGAUGAUCGUAAACUUUUGGGCACCGAAAAGGAAAAAACCAUUCUUAUACCCCAAUGCCAAACGUACAACACCCUGGGCCAAGAAUGUGUACAGAACGGUUGUUCGGUUGAUUUGUUCUUGUUCAAUAACUCUUACAUAGAUAUAGCCACUAUAGGCCAAGUGUCGCGUUUAACUGGUGGAGAAGUCUACAAAUAUACCUAUUUCCAGGCUGAUAUUGAUGGCAAGCGCCUGAUUGAGGAUAUUAUUAAGAAUGUAUCCAGGCCCAUUGCAUUCGAUGCCGUUAUGAGAGUUCGUAGCUCGGCCGGUGUAAGAGCCACAGAUUUUUAUGGACAUUUCUUUAUGAGCAAUACAACGGAUGUCGAAUUAGCCAGCGUUGAUUGUUCCAAAUCAAUCGCUAUUGAAGUUAAACACGACGAUAAGCUGCCACCCGAAGAAAAUGUGUACCUGCAAAUUGCUCUUCUUUACACAUCAUGCGGUGGUCAAAGGCGUUUGCGUGUCUUAAAUUUAGCCCUCAAAGCAACUACAACCAUUGCGGACGUCUUCAAGAGUUGUGAUUUAGAUGCCAUCAUGUUGUUCUUUGCCAAACAGGCGUGCUUUAAACUAAUGGAGCUUACACCGAAAGCUGUCAAAGAUAAUCUCAUUCAUCGUUCAGCUCAAGUUUUGGCCUGCUAUCGCAAACACUGCACCACACCCUCAUCGGCAGGGCAACUGAUUUUACCGGAAUGUCUGAAGCUAUUACCGCUCUAUGUGUCGUGUCUUCUAAAGAACGAUGCCAUUUCAGGCGGUUCAGAUAUGACUCUUGAUGACCGCUCAUAUGUUAUACAGUUUGUUUUGUCCAUGGACUUGAAUACUUCGGUGUAUUAUUUGUAUCCACGUUUCAUACCCAUUCACAAUGUUGACCCAGAUGACGGUGAAUUGCCAAUGUCAAUGCGUUGUACACAUGAGAAAAUGUCCGGCGAUGGUGCAUACAUAUUGGAGAAUGGUGUACACUUUUUCGUUUGGUUAGGUCAAUCUUUGCCUCAAUCUUUUAUACAACCUUUGUUUGGGGUGCAGUGCACGCAACAGGUUAAUGCAGAACGUUUUGCGAUCACAGGCGACACCCCACUGGCAAAGAGAGUAACCAACAUUAUUGAAAAUAUUAUGACUGAGCGCACUCGUUACAUGAGGGUAACUUGUGUUCGUCAAAAUGAUAAAUUGGAAAGCGUAUUCAGGCAUUUCCUGAUUGAAGAUCGUGGCACCGAUGGUUCAGCUAGCUAUGUGGACUUCUUAUGUCACAUGCAUAAGGAGAUUAAAGAUCUAUUAAGUUAGCCUCUAGGUUUAAAGAACAACGUAUCGACUGCGGCUUCCAUUACUUGUCGCAGUUAUUCACAAAACCGCGCUCGUUUAUCACGUAUGACGCGCUCCAGAAGAUGGUAAAACGUAUUUCUUUUCAUUUCUUCUCGAAGGGACACAAUGUCAAAUAUCGAACACCAGCAUAAAAAAACUACAACAACAACAGAACAAAACCAACAACAGUAGCCCAUAUAACACAUAGGGUUCUUUUUGUUUUUUUCAUUAAAAUCUACAAUAAAUUCAAUUGUCAUAAAAAUAGACAUUA